AUGAGUAUUUGUAAGGAGAAUGCAGUGGCUGGCGUGGACGCUGUUGUUGAAAACACCAAUGGCGACACUAAACUGCAGGUGCCCAAUUCCUUUGACAAUCACUACGACAAUAACGACAUGAAUGAAAUCUUCAACGAGGAACACCAGUUUACAGGGAUAAUGAAGAAGUACUGGAACCAGCGACACGAUUUGUUUUCCAAAUACGACGAAGGGGUGAUUCUAACAAAGGAGCUAUGGUUCAGCGUUACUCCUGAGAUCAUCUCCAAAUAUACAGCAAAGUUAAUUGAACUUGCCUUUCGGGAUAAAAAAGACCCGCUAUAUGUUAUGGAUGCAUUUGCUGGCGGUGGAGGGAACGUGAAUCAGUUUCUUGAGUGCUUCGAUGUCGUUUUCGGGGUGGACAUCAACCACACACAUUUGGAAUGCACAGAAAAAAACGCCAGAAUCUAUUUCCCCAAGGAACAGCUCUCAAGUAGACUUAAACUUUUGCCGUUGAACUGGGUGUACAGUGACCCCAGUCUCCCCGAAGAUUUUGUGGAUGAACAGGCAGAGAGUACAGAAGGGUACUCGACCAAGAGGGAGAGCCUAGAAAGUCUGGAGAUUCUACACCAUAUGAAAUUCGAUUGUAUCUUUGGAUCGCCGCCCUGGGGUGGGCCCGAAUACAUCAACGAAAAAAUCUACGACCUAAACCACCUACUUCCCUUCACACUUCCUAAACUGCUCAGUGUCUUGCUCCAAUAUACAGACAAUGUUGCCUUGUUUCUACCUAAAAACUCCAAUCUCUAUCAAUUGCAAAGAGUGACAACGAUGCUCUUCCCGGACAAGUCAUACCACAGAGUACUCAAAACUUGUUUACAUGGACGACCAAAGGGACUCCUUGUAUGCUGGGGGCCAGCAUUUGUAAAUAUAGAUAUUUCCAAAGUCGAGCUGUAG